UGCAAAAAUGGCGAGCCAGGAGCCUAAGUUCCCACCUCAGAGCCAGGAAACUCAGCCAGGCAAACAGCAUGUAAUGGAACCACUCCCACAAACCAUAAGUCCUGACCACAAGCCUUCCAAUAAGCUCCGGGGGAAGGUGGCGUUGGUGACAGGAGGUGACUCGGGCAUUGGCAGAGCCGUGUGCCUGAGUUUUGCGAAAGAGGGUGCAACUGUGGCCUUCACAUACGUGAAGGGCCAAGAGGACAGGGACAAGGAUGAUACUCUGAAGAUGCUGCUAGAAGCAAAGACAAGUGGUGCACAAGAACCACUAGCAAUAGCGGCGGAUAUUGGAUAUGAUGAGAACUGCAAACAGGUCGUGGACCUGGUUGUGAAAGAAUAUGGCCACAUCGAUGUUCUGGUGAACAAUGCAGCUGAGCAGCACAUGACAAACUCAGUGGAAGAAAUCACUGAAGAGAGGCUUGAGAGGGUCUUUAGGACCAACAUCUUUUCACAGUUCUUCUUGGUCAGGCAUGCACUGAAGCACAUGAAAGAAGGAAGCUCCAUCAUCAACUCAACUUCAGUUAACGCCUACAGUGGGAAUCCACAAGUGCUGGACUACACAGCCACAAAGGGAGCCAUUGUGGCCUUCACUAGAGGACUUGCUCAGCAGCUUGUGUGCAAGGGGAUUCGGGUGAAUGCUGUGGCUCCCGGUCCAGUUUGGACGCCAUUACAACCUGCUUCCAUGCCAUCUGAGAUGAUUCAGAACUUGGGGUCUGAGGUGCCAAUGAAUCGAGCAGCUCAGCCUUCUGAGAUUGCACCCUGUUAUCUCUUCUUGGCUUCCCUUCAAGACUCUUCCUACUUCACUGGCCAAGUUCUCCAUCCAAAUGGUGGGAUGAUUGUCAAUGCUUAAUAGAAACAAUGGCUGUUAUUGUGCCUUCACCUGUUUCCUGUUAAAUAGUCCUGUAGGAUGAACCACGAACUGGUUUGGAUAUAUAUAUUAUGUUGAAAAUGCAUUGUGUGUUG